GCCACGCGUGCGGCAGGCCUCGGAUCAGCGCCCCAGCGGAGCGGGCGCGUACUUUUUUCGCCUCCGACGUGUUUCCGGCCUUAAAGGCAUUUCGCCCUUCCCUUUAAGACGCACCGCCCCCUCUCAGUCACUCCCAAGAUGGCGGACCUACUGGGCUCCAUCCUGAGCUCCAUGGAGAAGCCACCCAGCCUCGGUGACCAGGAGACUCGGCGCAAGGCCCGAGAGCAGGCUGCCCGCCUGAAGAAACUACAAGAGCAAGAGAAACAACAGAAAGUGGAGUUUCGUAAAAGGAUGGAGAAAGAGGUGUCAGAUUUCAUCCAAGACAGUGGGCAGAUCAAGAAAAAGUUUGAGCCUAUGAACAAGAUAGAGAGGAGCAUCCUACAUGAUGUAGUGGAAGUGGCUGGCCUGACAUCCUUCUCCUUUGGGGAAGACAAUGACUGUCGCUAUGUCAUGAUCUUCAAAAAGGAGUUUGCACCCUCAGAUGAAGAGCUGGACUCCUACCGUCAUGGAGAGGAGUGGGACCCCCAGAAGGCAGAGGAGAAACGGAAGCUGAAGGAGCUGGCUCAGCAGCAGGAGGAAGAGGCAGCCCAACAGGGACCUGCAGUGGUGAGCCCUGCCAGUGACUACAAGGACAAGUACAGCCACCUCAUUGGCAAAGGAGCAGCCAAGGAUGCGGCCCACAUGCUACAAGCCAACAAGGCCUAUGGCUGUGUGCCUGUGGCCAACAAGAGGGACACACGCUCCAUUGAAGAGGCCAUGAAUGAGAUCCGAGCCAAGAAGCGUCUGCGGCAGAGUGGGGAAGAGUUGCCAACUACCUCCUAGGCUCCCCACCCAGCACCCUUUGACCUCUGGGCAGGACAGGAGGCAGGGAGGGACAAGGCUGCUGCUAUUAGGACCCAUCCUGGAGCCCCACCUCCUAACCGCCUCCUGCCAGCUGUCACUCAGGCUGGGGGGAAGCAGGUGUUCGAUGUGUCACUGUUGGAGCUUGGAUAUGUAUGUGGUGUGUGUGUUUGUGUGAAAGAAGAGUGUGAAUGUGUAGGUGGGUAUUUAAUCUGUAUUAUUCUUUGUUCUUCUUGGAACUUCCUUCCCCAUGGGGCUGGGGUUACUUUACAUUCAAUAAACACUUUUUGAUCCAA